CGCCCCGUCCCCUCCCGGCGCGGCGCCCCGCCCCGCCCGCCGAGUCCGGGCUUGCCGUCCAGCGGCCCUGCUCUCGGGACCGCUGGCUCCGCUGGUCGAGAAAUGGACCAAUUUUGACAAGAUGUAGUGCUGCAGUGUGCCUGAUGGGAUAUGUUCAGUCAUGGCAUCCGAACUUUGUAAGACGAUCUCUGUGGCAAGGCUGGAAAAGCACAAGAAUUUGUUCUUAAAUUAUAGGAAUCUGCAGCAUUUCCCAUUGGAGUUACUAAAAGAUGAGGGACUACAGUACUUGGAGAGACUCUACAUGAAAAGGAACUCCCUUACAACCUUGCCAGAAAACCUUGCUCAGAAGCUUCCAAACCUUGUGGAACUGUAUCUUCACUCAAAUAACAUAGUUGUGGUUCCGGAAGCCAUUGGGUCCCUUGUAAAACUACAGUGUUUGGAUCUUAGUGACAAUGCCUUAGAAAUUGUUUGCCCAGAAAUUGGUCGUCUGAGAGCUUUACGUCAUCUUCGAUUAGCUAAUAACCAACUGCAAUUCCUACCUCCAGAGGUUGGCGAUUUGAAGGAGCUGCAGACACUAGACAUUUCUACCAAUCGUUUGCUAACUUUACCCGAGAGGCUUCACCUGUGCCUUUCUCUGCAGUACCUCACUGUGGACCGAAAUCGUCUAUGGUGUGUGCCGCGCCAUCUCUGCCAGCUGCCCAGCCUCAAUGAGCUCUCCAUGGCUGGAAACCGUCUUGCAUUUUUGCCGCUUGAUUUAGGUCGAUCUCGAGAACUACAGUAUGUGUACGUGGAUAACAACAUUCAUCUGAAAGGCUUGCCAUCCUAUCUGUACAACAAAGUCAUCGGGUGCAGUGGCUGUGGUGCUCCCAUUCAAGUUUCCGAGGUGAAGCUGCUUUCCUUUUCAUCAGGGCAACUAACAGUUUUCCUCCCGGCUGAGGUGAAGGCCAUAGGGACAGAGAAGGAUCACGUCCUGCCUCUGCAAGAGCUGGCCAUGAGGAGUCUGCAUCACACCUACCACAGUUUUCUAAAAGAUCUGGACUUUCUGUCUCCAAUCUCGUUACCCAGAAGUCUCCUGGAGCUGCUUCACUGCCCCUUGGGGCACUGUCACCGGUGUAGUGAGCCCAUGUUUACGAUUGUCUACCCCAAGCUAUUUCCGUUGAGAGAGACGCCAAUGGCAGGGCUGCACCAGGGGAGGACAACUGUGAGUUUUGUGGCUUACUGCUGCUCCACCCAGUGUCUGCAGACUUUUGACCUACUGAGUUGAUAAACACUCAAGAGCCUCAGGAGUGUUGCCAGCUUGACACUGCAGUUGCCUGCAUAUCGCACAGUGUGACAGAGGGACAGGAGAGUCCAGCCAGGCCCAACAGGCCCUUCCGUCCUGUCCUGUCACACUUGGGGACUGCAGGACUCUGGAAAUGUCAUGAUCGAGCUUCAGAGCUGAAAUGCCUUCACCCUUCCCCCAAGUUGGAAUAUAUCCUUCCCCAAAUUAA